AUGUACACGGACAGCAAGUUCGAUGAUUACGUUGGCCAAGUUCGUUUCGAUUCCACCGAUCGCUGUUACCCGCUGUGCACCGACAGCCUCGCUGUAGCUGCUUUUCUAUGGGAUGGAGAGCCUCGAGGGACGCAACUUGUGGUCUUUGAAGAUAUCGAGUGUCGAGGCAGAUACGUCGCUGGAGACAAGAAAUAUGACGCCGAGUUCUCUGUCGUUGCGUCGGCUCGUAAAGUUCGGUCGUUCAUCUUGUCAACUACUGGGAGUUUAACGCCAACACGGGGCAUUGUCCACUCAUGCGACGAGAAGAGCGACAUUGUGUACAAAACGUUCAACGACACGGCAUCGGUGAUGUGA